AUGUCCAGGCGGACGACACCGGCUCAGAAAGCCUCUGCUGGCACGACUGCCGCUGCACAAGCGGGUGCAGCGGUGAUGGCUGCUCCUGCGUGGCGGCAGUUCUCCUUCUUCGGCUCGACGCCGUUCCCCUCGUCGUCGAGCAGCUCCACCACCCCCGAACUCGUCCAACACCCGUCGCUCAUCUCCUGCGUGCAUUCGAACCCGCUGCUGGGCGAUGGAGUCGUCUUGCUGGCCGAUCUCGAGGGCAGCGUGCACUGGGUUGACGAGGAGUGGACGGCUGAGAGGAGUUGGCGGGCGUAUGACGGCGGACGGGUACAGCUUAUGGAGACGUGCGAGUGGGAUCCUGCGAGAGGUUGGGCCAUCUUGGUGACGGUUGGAGACGACUCCUCAACUCCCUUUCCUCUCCUCAAAGUCUGGCUUCUUACCCUUCCCCAGCCUUCCCUUCCUACCGAUGCAUCUGCGUCCGAACCGCCAACCUCUCAUCUCACGCUCCUCCGCCAAACUGCCGUCUCGCCAAACGCUUCUCGCCCUUCGCCCGUCUCUUCGCUCGCCGUCUCUCCCUCGCUCUCGCACAUCGUCGUCGGACUGGCAGACGGCUCGGUCAUCGGCUGGAAACGCGUCGACGAGCUCAUUGACUCGAGCUUGUACGACUUGGAGGAAGCAGCUGCGCGAGCCGCUGAACCUGCCUCGUCUACCUCGAAGGGGCGGACAGGCGGGAAGGCAUCACCUUCCGUCGUAGGAGGAAUGGGCAAGCUGCGGACCUUCUCGGAGGGGAACAAGGAGCCCGUCACGAACGUCGGCAUCACGGCUGCCUCGCCUUCCUCGCCCAUCCAGACCCUCUUCAUCCUCACAACAUCGCAAAUCCUCGCCUUACCGCUCCCGACCUCCUCGAAGCAGAAGGCCGCGACGGCGCCGACGGUGCUGGACGACCACGGCGCAGCAGUCGGCUGUGCGAAGGUGAUGCGGCUGGUAUUGGGAAAGGGUGUCGGGCAGGAGGAGGGCGAGACGGCGGAGCGGAUGGUCGUGGCGCGGGAAGAGGCGAUCUAUGUGUACGGUAGCGAAGGGCGGGAGGGAUGUUGGGCGUACGAGGGUCCGAAAUCGUCGAUCUGCGCUCUGCACGCUUCUUCCAGCUCCUACGUUUCUUCCGCAUCAACCGGCCAGCUCCCGACGCCUUACCUCGCCAUCGUCUCUCCACCCCUCACUUCCAGCCUCGCAUCGACCUCCGCGACGAUCCGCCAACACGCACGUACCACCGCUUCAACACGACCAACUCCGACCGCUGGCGCCUCAGCCGACGAACGAGUAGCCAAAGUGACCAUCUUCGAUCCGGAGAACAAGUUCGUGGCGUUCAGCGGGACGUUUGGAGAUGCGGAGGCGGACGCCGAGUUGAGCGGGGUGCGGGACGUGGUAGAGGCAUGGGGAGCAAUCUGGGUCCUGACGGAAGCUGGCAAGCUCUUCCGCCUCACCGAGCAGCCGCUGCAAGACUCGAUGGCGACGCUCUUCCAGCGGAACCUGUACACGCUCGCGAUCAGCCUCGCCAAGAGUCGGGGAAUGAGCGAGAGUGAGGUUGCGGAAAUCUACCGAAGAUACGGAGACCACCUUUACUCGAAGAGCGACUACGAAGGCGCAAUGAGCUGCUACCUCAAAACGGUCGGAACGGUGCAGGCGAGCUACGUGAUCCGCAAGUUCCUCGACGCGCAACGUCUCACACACCUCACGUCCUACCUGCAAGAGCUGCACUCGCGCGGUCUCGCCAACAGCGACAUCACGACUCUCCUCCUCAACUGCUACACCAAGCUCGCGGACGACGACGCCCUGUCUCGCUUCAUCCACUCGUCUUCCCCUUGCCGCGCCGCCAACGGGACGAACGGCGAUGCUGUCCUGGACGAGCCGCCGUUCGACCUCGAGACCGCCAUCCGAGUCCUGCGCCAAGCCUCCUACUUCACGCACGCGAGCUGGCUCGCCGAGCGAUACCGCGCGCACGGCGAGUACCUCCGCAUCUCGAUCGAGGACACGAACGACUUUGUCGGUGCGCUGCGGUACGUGAGGGAGCUGGCGCGCGGACAGGUCGGGGGAAAGGAGGGGAGAGAGGAGGCGGAGGAGAGUAUGAAGCGAUGGGGUGGCGUGCUGCUCGCCAAUGAGCCGGAUCUGACGACGGAAGUGCUUGUGGAGAUUUGCUGCGGUGAGGAACAGAGGCAGAACGGCUUGGCUGCGGCGACGACGAAGGAGGUCAAGGGCGACGAGAAGGACGCGAGCCGGGACUCGGCGAAGCGGGAUCGAGUCUCGACUCUGCGGAGCGAGACGGAGAAGCGGACAAUGAAGGGCGGGACAGCCUCGCCGGGCUACGAUGUCCCCGACUCUGCCUCGCUCGCCAAUCUCUCCAUCUCUUCCGAUCCCAUCACCGCCGAACCCGAAACGACUCUUCCUUCUCCGCGGCAAUUCUUCGCCCACUUCGCGGACCACCCUCGACACUUCGUCUCCUUCCUCGAGCAGAUCGCGGCUCGACGAUACGGCAAGUCGGUCGACUCGCUCGUCCCGCCUGCCAACCUGACCGGCACCAACUUCCCCUUGUCCGAGUCCCGAGAACUGGCUCCGCCGCCCGACUACCUCGACGCCGCCGCACGGGACGAGCAAGUCGUCUGGAACACCUUGCUCGAACUCUACGUCACGCCUCUGCCGUCGCCGUCCCCCGACGGCAACGAGCGCGACGGCGAGGCGGAGCAAGCGCAGCUGCGAGCGAAGGCAAUCAAGCUCUUGCGGUGUCGAGACCAAGUCCCCUAUGAUGAGACGCAGGCAUUGCUCGUCUGUACCACCAAGGGUUUCGAGGAUGGCUUCGUCUUGCUGUACGAGCUGCUCGGCAUGUACGAAGACAUCGUUAGGUAUUGGAUCGACGCCUCGCUCGCCUCUUCGUCCAGUACAAGUCUCUCCGCCCGAGUCGUCCGCUCCCUGCGUCGAUACGGCCCUUCUUGUCAUUCGCUCUACCGUCUCGUUCUGCGCCAUCUUACCGCCUCUUCCGAGCUUCUCUCGCGGCAUCAAGCCGACGUUCUCGACAUCUUUGACGAGAUUGACCGCGAAAAGGUCAUGCCGCCUAUCGCGGUCGUGCAGAUUCUCAGCUCGAACGGGACGGCCAGCAUUGGGCUUGUGAGGGAGUACCUGAAGCGGCAGUUGCUUGCGGAGAAGCAGGAGAUCGAGUCGGACCAAGCACUCAUCGCCUCUUACCGCACCGAGUCUGCGAAGAAGCGCAAGGAGAUCCAGGAGCUUUCGGACCCGAACGUCCCGCGUGUCUUCCAGGUCACCCGCUGUUCGGCUUGCGGCGGCCAGCUCGAUGUGCCUGCGACGCACUUCAUGUGCCGUCACUCGUAUCAUCAGCGCUGCCUCGGCGAGAACGAGACGCAAUGCCCGAACUGCGCUCGCACGCACGGCGUCAUCCGCGAGAUCCGCAAGAACAAUGAGCAGCUCGCCGGGCGACACGACCUCUUCGUGCAGGAGGUGGCCGACAGCGAGGAUCCGUUUGCGACGGUUGCGAACGCGUUCGCGAGGGGAUGGAUGGGGACUACCAGCGGGGGGACUGCGGCGGCUUAG